CAUAAGCAUCUUCUCCUGGAAGAACACCACCAAGCAUCCGCCCAGUGGGGCCGGCCGAAUUGAAACCUGGUAAUUUAAAAAUAAAAAUAAAAAAUAAAAAAUCAAGUCUAGCUUUCUUUCCAAUAUCAUAUCCAUCUCCCACUUAUUUCUUUGUCUUCCACUUCCGUCUAUCUCUUCAAAGCCUCUCGCAAUAAUUCCACCUUUUCUACCCAUUUAACUCUCCUCUACAUUCACCAAAGAAAUUGUUUGAGAUUCGUGGAGAUAUGAUUUUCAGAGAUGAAGCCAUUGAAACAGCAACCAACAAGCACCAAGAUGAAUUAAGAAUCAGCAGCAACAGCGCUGAAAGAAUUGAAGCCUGCAAUCCAGGAGGAGAGUGGUUGAAUCUGAGCUUAGCUAGCAAUUCAGUCUCAACAGCAGGAGACUAUGAUUCACAGUCAAGACCUACUACUUCUAGCAAGGUCUUCUCAUGCAACUUCUGCAGAAGAAAGUUCUACAGCUCACAGGCUUUAGGGGGUCAUCAGAAUGCUCACAAAAGAGAGAGAGGUGCAGCCAGAAGAUUCCAUUCCCAGAGGAUGAUGACGAUGAUGGGAUUACCAUUAAAUACACCGAUGAGCAGAUCACUCGGUGUGAGGCCUCAUGGGCUUGUGCACAAGCCAAAUAGAGAAGGAGCUACUCUUGCAGCAAGAUUUAAUGAAGCUAAUACAGGAAUUGGAAUGGCAUGGGUGCCCUUUAUGCUUGAAGAUGCAAUGGAUUUAAUGUGGCCAGGCAGCUUUCGGUUGGAUUCACAACCACCAGAGCCACCACCAUCAGAAUCACUCAAGCUUGACCUAAACCUUCGACUCUGAACUUCCAGUUCAGAAUUUCUCCUCAUGUUGGCUUGUAUUGGAAUAGAAACUAAUAUGGGAGGGAAACCAGCCAACCAUAUUGAAAAAUUCAAAUCAUAAACAUGGUGAAGGACCUUCCAUGUAUGCAUGCCAUAGUACAAGAAAGCUUGCAGCAUAACCCUGCUCUUCAAUUGCAUCCUGAAAAAUAAAUGCCAGUGCACGUGCUAAGGAUUUUUUAAUCCUAAUUACCAAGUACAGCAGUUUCUGCUCCUGCCUACAUAUCUCCUUAAUGCUAUGGUAAUUUUGGCUUGUCCAGCUUUUGUGUUCCACCUCAGUUCCUUUCUCUCUAUAUAUAUAUUAUAUAUAUUUUUUCUAA